AUGGACAGGGGUUCAACAAUUAGGAUUGCGGAGUCUGAGAUCGAUAACAUCAGAUAUGCUGUGAAACCGCAGCUGAAUAUUACAAAUGAUGAAAAAAAAGAGCGGCAUAAGGACUUGGGAAUAACCUCAUUUCACAAUUCUGGCUGUUGCAAAGGCAAGCUGCAUCAAUGGAUGACUUGCCAUAACAAAAGGGUAAAUGGAAGUCCGAGAAGGCCGAAAUCAAUGCGCGCUGGCAGGAACUCAUAUCAGCAAGGUUUCGGAAUAACAGUUCAAUUAUACCCCGCCCUCACUACCCCGGGGUCGCAAACUCUAUGUUAA